AUGGAAAGUGAAAUAUCUCUGAAAGAGGAAGUUGAGAAUCACGACGUGAUUGUCGAGAUUAACUCUCAAGAAAACCCUGGAAUAAGCUCCCGUCUUGAGGAAAAUAUGGCAGAUAUAUCAAGAGCCCAAAUUAACCUUUUCCUAACAAACCCUGCACCCAUAGUAGUCCCCACUCAAACUCCACCACCACCAUCUCCAAUCCAAACCAUAGCUCCACCUCCCGACGCUUCUUCCAAGCCUCCGGUGCGGCGGAGGAUGCUCGCCACGUCAGCUUACUCCAAGCCAAAGUCCCGAAUUGCCGAGCCUCACUUUUCGACCAAAAAAGGCCCCGAGCAACAAAAUGUUCCAUCAAAAUCCCCUGUAAUGACCUCACCUAAUCCCAAUCCCAAUAGCACACCCAAAAACGCGACCCCCAAAACAUCAGCUCCAAUCACGCCAAGAACGCCUCUAAUGGAAUCCAUGGAUGGUGAUGAUGAUGAUGAUAAUGAUGAGGACGUGUACAAGACCGAGAAUCUCAAGGUGGGCCAACCAAAGAAGGGCAAAAAAGUAAAUAUCAUGAUCGUGGCCGAGUGGGUCUUGUUCGUAAGCAUAACAACCGUCUUGAUUUUGAGCCGAACGGUUAACAAGCUGAAAGACACCGAAGUUUGGAGCUUGGGGCUCUGGAAAUGGUGCGUGCUAGUGCUCGUCAUCUUCUGCGGCCGCCUCUUCACGGAGUGGCUUAUCAACACGCUUGUUUUCUUGAUCGAGAAGAAUUUCUUGCUCAAGAAGAAAGUCCUCUACUUCGUGUUCGGUUUGAAAAAGAGCGUGCGUGUCGUGAUUUGGCUGGCCCUUAUCCUUUUGGCUUGGGCCCUUAUAAUCAACCGUGGGGUUAGAAGAACAGAGAGUACUUCGAGAGUUUUGAAUUACAUAACUCGAGGCAUUGUGUCGACUCUAGUUGGGGCAGUCAUGUGGAUGGCCAAGACUCUGUUUGUAAAAAUCGUGGCUUCGUCUUUUCACGUGCGGACUUAUUUCGACCGUAUUCAGGAGUCGAUUUUUCAUCAGUACAUACUUCAGGCGCUUUCGGGGGCACCACCUGCUGUGGAAGAGAAGGAUGGGUCGAGAUUGAGUGGGACUUUGAGUUUUAUUAGAAAGGGGAAUAAUGGGGAGGUGAUUAAUGUGGACAAGCUUUAUAAGAUGAGACGGGAGAAAGUUUCAGCUUGGACGAUGGGCGGUUUGAUUAAGGUGAUUAGGAAUUCAGAGCUGCCGACUGUUUCUGAGGUGUUGGAUGAGAGUGUGGAGGAGGAAGAGGGCUUCGGGGGCCCGAAAGUUAUCACGAGUGAGGUCGAAGCUCGUGAGGCUGCUGAUAGGAUAUUUAAGAAUGUGGCAAAGCCUGGUCACAGGUAUAUUGAGGAAGAUGACCUCUUGCUGUUCAUGCCAAAGGAGGAAGUUGAUAGUGCUUUUCCGCUUUUCGAGGGAGCUACAGAAUCCAGACGGAUUAAGAGAUCAUCUUUCAGAAUUUGGGUGGUAAAGGCUUAUAACGAGCGAAAAUGCCUUGCGGUGUCCCUAAAAGAUGCCAAAACAGCGAUAGAGGAACUAAACAAGAUUGCCUCAGGAAUUAUACUCAUUGUGAUAAUCAUAGUGUGGUUACUCUUGAUGGAGAUCACAACUACAACUGUGUUGGUCUUCAUUUCAUCUCAAUUGUUACUCGCGGUUUUCAUAUUCGGCAACACCGUUAAAUCCGUGUUUGAAGCCAUCAUUUUUGUAUUCAUUGUGCACCCUUUUGAUGUCGGUGACCGUUGUGUGAUUGACGGUGUGCAGAUGAUAGUGGAUGAGAUGAAUAUUUUAACCACAAUCUUUCUGAAAGCCGACAAUGAAAAGGUUUACUACCCUAAUUCAGUUUUAGCUACGAAAGCAAUCAGCAAUUUUAACCGGAGCCCGGAGAUGAUGGGUGAUACUGUGGAGUUUGCGGUCGAUUUUAACACGUCGGUUGAGAACAUAGCUUCUUUGAAGGCUAAAAUAAAGGGAUACUUGGAGAGUAAGCCUCAGCACUGGAGCCCGAGUCACAGCGUGCAAGUAAAGGAGAUUGUAGAUGUAAACAAGAUGUUGAUGGCCCUUUAUGUGACCCACACAAUCAAUUUCCAAAAUUCUGGGGAGAGAGGCGAACGAAGAUCGGCUUUGGUGUUUGAGCUCAAGAAAAUAUUUGUGGAGCUCGACAUUACUUACCGUCUUUUGCCUCAGGAAGUACAGAUCAGCUAUGUUGACAGGGGAAUUUCUGUUACUGGCGCUGGUGAACGUCUUUGAUUUUUUUUUUUUUUUUUUUUUUU